AUGGAUGAGCUCAUCAAGAGCUGCUUGCGGGAGAUCGCAUUCGAUGGCGACUACGGUAAGCUUCGCGUUCAGUCCCGCGUGUUGGUGGUGCUCACGAAUUUCUGUUGCGACGCGUCCCGCCUGAAGACCUUUAUCGAAAAGUUCUAUUGUGGCAAUAGCAAGACGCGGCAAAAUGUGGAUGAUGGGUUCCGCGCCCUUGUCUGGACUUAUAUCGUCCAACACCCAUCUGUUCGCGUGGGGUUCCGCCCACCAUCUGUGACGGAGGACGUGUUCAUCGCCGAUGAUAUCGAUCGGUCUCGUAGCAAGGCCACGAGGCGCCAACGAUAUGUCAAUCAAGGGAAUCGCCUCGCGCAUGAAGAAGGCACGUCCCUGCCUGGACUGAUAUCUCUAAGGCCGGAAGAGGUCGAAGACUCCAAUCUCGACCAGUUGCUCGAGAAAUACGGCCAAGAUCUCAGAGUUGCAGUCGAUCCUGAACACUGCUUCCAAGCUAUCACCGGUUCGACAUUAACGCCAGCAAAGCUGACACCAAUGACCUAUUCCACGCUUCAACUUGUUGCUCGAGCCAGGGACAAGGGCAUAACAUUCGUCGAGCUCUCCCGCAUUACGGGAUAUGCCGCUGGUGCUGUCUUCUAUCUCAUCAAGGUGCUGGAAAGUGCAGGGCUUGUGAAAAAGUUCGCUUCAAUCUCUGGGACGGGUAUUCAAAUGGCCGUGCACAUUCAUUUUUGGCUGCAUCACCCCGAUUGGCAAAGAAUCCGUGCUGAGGAAGCAAGGGACGAUGUUGACAGAGUUUCCAAGCUGGAACCCUCCGGUGGUGAUGAUAUGUCAGUCGAUGACGGGACGCAGCAGGGACUAGAUGAAGACAUCCAAGACUCCUCCAAUCUAAAGUUUGACCCACUGGACGACAGGCACCUCUCACGGCCGGACCUUAUCAUUAAUAGGGUCAACAAGCUGUUGGAACACUCAAAAAACUAUUGCCAUAAACAGUUUGAUGUUCUCCUCCGUAUCGGUCUGCUCAAUCCGACGAAAGUCCAGCGGAAACGUUUCAGCAAGAUCAUCAAUGCAGCGGUCUCUCAAGGACUGCUUGAACGUUUUCACGUGCCUUCCCGUGUCGAAAGACCAGGCGCGCCAGCUACGGCUCGAGUCCUUCGCUUAGUCCCCGGAGAGAAACGAAAUCUCAAGUACACUGCGGCGGAUGAAACAAGUGGGGAUGCAGAUGCGAGCGCCGAUGCAGAUGAGAAGGAGGCUGAGGCUCAUGGACAAGCUACCCACCAGAGCACUCGUUACCUCGCGACGCUGAGUCUUCAAAGGAAUUUGUUGAAUGUCGUCAAUGCUGCUGGUAUGCAAGGCAUCACUUACGUCGGAAUCAUUCGCGAACUUGGGUUUUCCGAGCAGCGCAUGUGCGAGGGCCAGCUCCAAAAACUGUCCAAGAAGGCUAACGUCUUGCCUCAUCUUUCCGACCUCGGCAUCGUGCUGUUGACUGAGACUAUCGGCCGCAAGCGACAGCUGAGGCUGUACACGACGCACAAUUUUGCGAUUCUCCUGAAGGAGGAAGGCUUCGAAGAUCCUGACGACGAUCAUCCUCAAGAGGAUUUGCAGUAUUCUGGAGGAUUCCUUGUUCGCAGUUCAGGUGAUUUCUAUCGCGAUGAUGCGGAGCUGCAGAAAAUCGUCGAUCAUUACGAUCCUAAACGAUUCUCGGAUAAGUAUAUAAGAGUGAUCCGACCUCCCCGUCCAGGACAACCAGAGAAGAACAGGAAUCCCAUCGGUGCGGAUGGCAAGCCGAAGAAGGGAAGACCGCGAAAGUACCCUGAAGGAGAGUCGAGGGCAUCUAUGGCCAGGAAGCGCAAGUUAGAGGAGGCUGCUGCUGCGGAGAUUACACUACCGCCAAAGAGGCAACGGACGAGCCGGAAAAGCCUGGUUUCGGUAACUCCUGCAGAACCAUCUGAGACCGGAACGGAAUCCGUGCUACCCGAAAGCAUACAGGCUCCCCCGGUAGCACCGAAGGAACGCAAGAAGCCUGGUCGGAAACCUAAACCUAAACCCGAAAGACCAACCAUCUCGUCGAUUGAGACACGUCCGCCUGUCUCGCCAGGUUCUUUGGAUCAAGGAGGCCUUGUUGGUGGUGUCUUUGCAACAGCACGACGGCCUCAUACCAGGCGGUGGAGAUCAUACGAAGAUGAGACGACUGCCAGUCCUUCAAAACGUCACGUACCCGCUGGAGGAAUUUCCGCUGCAGACCUUGCUCCACUUCUCCAGCUGUUACCUCCACUUGGUCCAGUUAUUGAUCAAGCCGGUGAAGAAGCGAACUCCGUCGAUGACAUCAGCCCGUUACGUACAAUGGAGGCUGAAGAUCUGCAUUCACUUACACAGACGGCUCCCACCUCUCAGGAUGGCAAAGUGCUCGAGAGUCCGGCUUCUCGUCGCAGGGAAUCAGCAGGGAAUCCGAAAAGAUUGAGCGUUUCCUAUGCGCGGCGGGCCCAGGACAUUGUGGAAGUUCUCAAGCGUAACCAUGGGGUACUUCACUCAGGCUUGCCAUUACAGCAGGCCCACAAAGAAUAUUUGACAGAGCUUGAGUCUUCAGGCAUACGGCCUGCAGGCUCUGCGACCACGCUGGACCGAAGGACGAUCAGCGCAGUCAUUGAUCUGCUCGUGCAUAACAAAGAAGUCAAAGUCUUGACUACCGACUCAGGUGCUUAUGGCCAACAAAAUCGGGUAUUAAAAAUGCUGUACUUGCCAGACACCCCCAUGGAAGUCGUGGAUCGAUAUCGGCGCUCUAUGGAGAAGCAACUGAAAAUCUUCUCCAUGCGUAAGGUGCCACCCACCCCGCUGCGCAUGGAAUAUUCAGAAGUCGGUCGACAAGAGAAACGCACGCUGAGAGCUCAAAACGAACUUCCGGAGGCUUCUUCCAUCUCGGAUGAUAUCGAGGUUGCCGACAGCAACUACACGAUUGCUGGGCUAUCUCCAAUCGAAGUUAGGCAUCACAUCCUGGAGAACGAACCCCACACGGUCGCCCAAUUGUAUGGUCUGAUUCCAGGGAUAAUUUGGCGAGCACGAGAGCUUUAUCUCUUCUCGCUUCAUCACAUUUCUGUCGGCCCCGCUGAGAUUGACUGUGUGGUCUCAAAGCCUCAACGAAUCGUCGAGACCAAGUUUUUCCAGUCGGAACUGCCUGUAGCAACAUGGUGCACUCUCAUUCCUGUCAAUCGCUACAGUGCAGCUCUAGAAGCAUAUCUCCACACGACAGAGGGCCAAGAAUCAUCGCUACGAAAUGCUCCGGAACGGAUCAAACGAAUAUGUGGAAGUUAUGCUGUACGGGGCGCGAAAAAACUUUGUAAAGUCUUGGAGAUCUUGACCGCUCUGCGGAUGAUUCAACCUCUCGAAGUCGCGGAACGUCAGAAGUCCGAGAUCACAUGCGAGCCUCAUUCCGGCUACCCUGCGACCUUCUGUAGACGAGAGCUCGGCCCACUCACUACCUUGCCUAGCUAUUGGCAGUUUUGCAACCAAGUGCCAGUUUACGACUACACCCAGGACCCAGCCCCCCUCCUGGGCGUCCACGGAGCAGGCACUAUGGAGGAGUGCAUCGACUUUUGGAACAACCUAGAAGGGAUUAGUAACGAUAGACAACCAGUUGGACUUAGGGAAGACUCAAAGCCACCCUCGUUUGAAUCUUCGUUACAUUUGCAGCACGAAUUCUUGCGACGUUUCAAGUUGCCUGCCGGAUGGAGGCAGAUGUAUCGGCUUUCAGCCUAUCAACAGAGCUGUAUCAGAAUCAUGGCAGAUGAAAUAUUGACUGGCUCUCUCCAACCUGAGCUGGGCAUUGGGUGGCUCCAAGAGAUCAGUUAUGCUCUCGCGGCGCCAGUGGACGCGGUUCAAACAUACUUCGAACAGAUCCGACGAAGUCGACUGGCUCGGCUCAACGAAAAGAAGCUGGAGCAUGAACAAAACUUGCGGCGAGCCAAUUUGGGUGAAUCAGAUAGUGCCAAAGUCUUGGCUAACAAGGCGCGUCAGACGAAAGAAAUUCUUGACAAUAGCUGGCAGGCGCUUGUGAAACAGACCGUGGAGACACUCGUUCCAGGGACGUUCGAUCUCAAUGCUCCAGAGCUUCUUCAGGUGAAGAAAAAUUGGCAUUUGCGUGGCGGCGGGAUGAACGUCGAUAAUGCGAGAGACAGAAUUAUCUCCGCGAUUACGGGGACUGCCAUGCCUGGUAUCAAGAAAAUGCAGAGAAGGUAUUAUCAACCCGAUCGUCAUGGUCAAUUACGUGAUGUUCCCCACUGUUCCCUCUGUGAAAGUAACUUGGAGAGCAUCAAGUCUCUCGUUGCUCAGCAGGAAGCCGAGCAUCAAGCUUACAUGUCGCAGCAAGAAGACAAAAGAACCGUUACUCAACCCCGCCGCCGGUACACCUGGACGCCCGAAUAUGAUGAACUGGCUUUGGAUGCAGAGGCUGUAAUCCGUGCUCGUUGUGCUCCAGAACAGCAGCCAGCCAUCCAUUUGCUCACGCAAUUAUUCCCACGUUUGUCGUCAAAUUCCGUGCGCACACAUGCGCUCAACCUUCGGAAAGUACGUCCCGGCGGUGACCUAUAUGCCGCCCAACUGCAGGCUGCUUGGAAUGCGCUUCGACUUCAGCCUCAUGCUGACGUACCUGAUCCCCUUCCGGAGAGCCUGACACACUUCCCUUUGGAGAAACACGUUGCUUAUCUCCGUGCCCACCUGGACAAGUCGAAACUGGGCGCUGCUCUGAUUGACGAGGCAUUGCCUCCCACUGAUAACAUGGUCUAUGAUUUGCCUAACGACAUGUUGUACAUUGAAACCCAUUGGGACGUGGUGACUCCUAAGGAUACUGUGAAAGAAUGGGACUUCAUGUGGAACACCACCACAGACGAAAUCCGAGAGCGCAACAUGCACCAUGAGGCGUUUAUGCGUCCUCGAGUAGCAGAAGAUCCCCUGCCGCCUUUGUCUGAGCUGAACCUCACACAUCGAGCAGAGACCGCGGUGAAGAUGACGGUCACGCCCAGUGAGCAAGACUAUGAGUAUGAGAAGGCAACCAAGAUGCUCGAGCUUUUGGGUCAGAUACCUGUGGCUGUAGCCUACGAUAAUCUCAAGCGUGACGGCGUAAUUAAGGCCACUGCCGAACGAAAAAACGCAUCGGGCAGGGCCAUGAUGGUGUCGGACCUGCAAGAAGAAGAAUUAGAAGGACAGUUUGAUUGGCGACUGUUCCGAGAUGCUGAUCUACUGGAACGCGAUCUAACCCAUCUUGAGCUGGAACCAUGGUCGGUGAUGGCAAGCGAUGGACGAACUGCUGGUAUUCUGGACUUGAUUUCCUCCGACCUCGUCGAACUCACGGUCGAUACGAGCUCCGCUACUGCCCUGGACAUCGAGAUUGGCAGUAGUAGUCGUGGUAUGAUCACCGAUGAACAUCUGGAAAACAAUAUCUACGUGAUAGCCAAAGAUAAGGCCCCGGUACUUCCAAGCCUCGGGAGAGCUUCGAUCAUGCUAGAGAAGCAAGUUGCUGACUCUCGACAUGCGGCCGACAACAUUCGAUGCUCCAUCGGCAGGGGUGGCGUAAGCAACUGCCCGCAGUGCAUGAACGAAAAUUUCCCAAGAUAUCUUCACAAUUUGGGUGAACCUAUGAGAAUGCAGUUGUGUCAUUUGAGGCAAGCGCUGAGGGAGGCUGGCGGUGCGGGAUUGUCUGUAGAAGAUCUUCAAGCGUUUUGUUUUAGGUCUGAUAGCUCUUUCGUGCACCUCCGACGUGCACUGUGGGAUUGGUGCCAAGGUCAAGUUCCAAUAAUCGCAUGCGUUGGAUAUGACACAGGCAGAAUCAUCGCCGCAGAGUUCCUCCAUGAAUGGUGUCUCCAGACUAGUCAGUUACCCUUCGACAUGGUCCUUCCCAGACGCUGGUUACACCCUUCAGGCAAACGCGAUGAAGCUCUUUGGCAGAUGUCUUUACGAUAUGUCAUGGGGUGGAUUAUGACACGCACGACUAUAUCAGAGGCGAUACUGCGCCAACGCUCAUCGGUUCUAUUUGACCGUCUAGAGAUGAGCAGUCUGUUACAAUACCUGGUCGAUGAAAAGUUUGCUGUUCGGAGGACAGCCAUGCAGGAGUCAACCCCAGUUUUAAUCGGAUUCAGCACUAAUGAAGAAGAGGCAGUCUGGCAUUGGGAUAUGGGCCCUGUGCCUUGGUACCUAAUUCACUAGG